AUGAAGCUUUUAGUAUAUAGCGCAUUGCUACUGGUAUUCAGUGGCAGCUUAGCGCAAGACUUCGAAUUUCCGAAACCAAAUGAAAUUUCGUCACAGAAGCCGGAUCGUAUCAAUUGGCUGCCCGUUUGGGAUAGCGAUCAAAUACCAGGCGAUCCGCGACAGUUUGAACGCAAUCCGAUUUUCAACCCAUUACUGCCAUUCUUUCCCAUAAGACCACAGCUGCACCUUGGACCCUGCGAUGCGCCCAACGGCAUGGGCAUGCGCAAUCUCUUGGUACAAGCCAAAGCGCUGCUACCGCGCGAACGCAUACGCGCCAUUAUACGCGGCGCUGCCGAAGAUCCCGAAAUGGUGGCGCUAAUAAAAUUGAUUCAGUCGCCGGAUUUUCGUAAUCGUACGGCCAGCUUAAGACGUUCGCGCCAGUGGAAAGGCUAUCGUGAUUAUACCUGCUACAAAAUGAAUUGUGAUAUAAGGUUAUACGCCGAUUUCGUAAAGAAUUUGCUACAGCUGACUGUGUUGACGGAGUCAAAAAAGAACGACACUAGCACUGACGUGGUGAAAGGCCGCCCGGGUAUACGUGGUGUUCUGGAGGAUAUACGCGAUGCUCUGCCGCGUCAACGAUUGCGAGAUUUAUUCGAACUUUUAAUGUUGCGCGAUUGGUAUCUGCUGCGUGCGGUUCAACGCGCGCAAAGCUAUGAAUUUGAAGCCGUUUUCAAGAUCUUGCAGAAGAAUCCGGAUUAUGUAUAUCUGCGUAAAGCCCAUGCUGAUGUGGGACUGCCAGUGGAGGAAGUGAAGAAGUUGGUCUUCGUUGCGUUGGGUUGGCGUGAGGGCGCACUGAAUGCCGCUGAUGAUCUCUUCAUAGAUAUAUGA